UUUGGGGUGGUACGGGUGGCCAAGGACUUUGAGCUGUGCAUGCUAAUGAAGACAGACACUUUGUCAGCUGCUUGUGCUGAAAUGGCCUGAAAAUGAAGUCAAGUGAAUACAUUACAUUCCUGAACAGGUUAAGAUCUGUGGAUAUGAAGACUCAUUUACAAUGGACCUGUUGGAUUUGAAAGGAUAGAAGGUGUUGUGAUGGCAUCGCUGGAGGAUGAGCUGUCGUGCCCCGUGUGUCGUGAGCUCUUCAGCGACCCGCUGCUCCUCUGCUGCGGCCACAGCUUCUGCCGCUCCUGCCUGGAGGAGAGCUGGAGGGAGCGGGGGAGAGAGAAGCGGCGCUGCCCCCUCUGCAGACACCAGAACCAGAACUCCAGGGACUUCGUAGCCCCUAACCUGGCCCUCAAGAACCUCUGUGAGGCCUUCAGUAAGGACAGAGAGCCCACAGAUGACUUAAACAACCUCACAGAUGUGCUGCAGGUGAAUAGAGAGCACCAGCUCCUGGGUCCACGCAGCAGGUCUCAGGGUGUUUGCCCUGAACACUCGCAGAGGCUGCAGCUCUACUGUCAGGACGACGAGCAGCUGGUGUGUGUGGAGUGUGUGUCUCAGCUGCACCACUCACACACCUUCAGCUCCGUCAGCAAGGCCGCGGACCAGCGCAGGGACACCAUCAGAUCCAUAAUGUGGACUCUGGCAGAUCAGCUGGACAUUGAUAAGAUCCUCUGUGGUGAAACUCUUGGCCAUGUUAAGGCCCAGGCAGCAGAGACGGAGACUCAGAUAAAGGAGGAGUUUGAGAAGCUCCACCAGUUCCUGAGGAGAGAGGAGGAGAUGCGGAUAGCAGCCCUGAGGGAGGAGGAGGAGCGGAAGAGAUGGAGGCUGAUGGAGAAGAUCGGAGAGAUGGAUGAAGCCGCGGCGACCCUGGAGAGGAGAGCCGAACUCGUCGAGCUGGAGAUGGGCGCUGAUGAUGUCACCUUCCUACAGACUUACAAGGACAUGGAGCAAAGAGUCAGGGCCAGUGUUUUAGAUCACACGCUGGAUGCAGGAGCCCUGAUUGACGUGUCCAAACACAUGGGGAAUGUCCGAUUCAGGGUCUGGGAGAGGAUGAGGAGGAUCGCUCCAUACUAUCCCGUGGUUCUGGACCCGAACACGGCUCACCGGUUCCUCCACCUGUCGGAGGACCUGAGCCGCGUCCGGGACAGCGGAACCCGCGCCGACGUGCCUGAGAACCCCGAGCGGUUCUACGAGUACGAGGAGGUGCUGGGCUCCGAGGGGUUCUGCUCAGGCCGGCGAGGCUGGGAGGUGGAGGUGGGCGGGGCCGAGAUCUGGAUUGUGGGCGUGGCCGAGGAGUCUUGUGAGAGGAAGGGGAAGUGUAAGACGGUGCCGGAUGAAGGGUUCUGGGUGAUCCACCACAGAGACGGCAGGUACAGCGCCCUGGUGUCCACGGACGUGAGCAUCCCGCUGCACACUGACCACAAGCUGCAGAGGAUCAGGGUGGAGCUGGACUGGCCCGGGGGUCAGGUGACCUUCACCAACGCCGACGGCAACACGCACUUACACACCUACACACACACCUUCACCGAGAGGGUGUACCCAUACUUCUACACGCAGUGUAAACAGCCGCUGAAGAUCCUGCCCGCCAGCGUAUCUGUGUGUGUGAUCGAGGCGACGAGUGCUGUAGCCUAGUUUUCUUUUGAUUUUUACGAGCUUCAGUCGUAAUGACGCACUUUAAAAGUUCUUUACCAGUUCUUUACCAGUUCAUUACCAGCAAUUCAUUAGAAGAAGCCAGAGGGUUGAUCGGCAAUGAUCAGCAAAGAUGAGCAACGUGCAAAGUCUUAAGUCUAACUAAAGCUAGUUUAAUAACUAGGCAAAGUCAUUUUUUCCUGCCAGUAUGCGUGUGUGUGUGUGUGUGUGUGUGUGUAUGUGUGUGUGUGUGUGCGUGUGCGUGUGUGUGAUUAUGAUGACUCAUUUAGCUUAGCUGUCGUUUUUGGGUAUUUUGUUUAAGUUGUAACAUCACAUGGUAUUUUGUGAGCGUCAAUUUUAAUGGUGCACUUUAGAAGUUCUUUACCUGUUUGAAUUGCAAUUAUGUAGAAAGACCUGUAUUGCCACAAUUAUUGUAAGAGGAAAAAAACAUUAGAUCAGGGGUUUUCAAACUUUUGCAAGUUUUAAAAGGCUUAUUUUACCACUAGUGAAGGGCUGGAAAAUUCAAAACACAAAUUAUUAUUGACACACAAGUGGUAUGUUUUUAAGAUUUCUGAAUUAUCUUCUGCACUUGUGGACAUCUGCUAAUAUUUGUUGAGAUUCCAAAUAGUAUCCAUUAGUUUCUGUUGGUCAGACAGAAGGCAGGGGAUUCUGCAAACCAUGAUUUGUUGAUCCAACUAUGUGAGCAAAAGGGUUGAGUUUUUUUUUUCUUGCCAGUGAGAGGUUCAUGACUGCAACCCUUUUCGAGGCUGGCUUAAAUGAGAGCAAUGCUUUUGUGUCCAUAAGAGAACCGCUGGCUUAAAUGAGAGCAAUGCUUUUGUGUCCGAGAACCGCUGGCUUAAAUGAGAGCAAUGCUUUUGUGUUCAUCCAACUUGCUUCUUUUAGUCUGUGUUACACAUUUCUGAUUAACCGAUGAAUGGUGCUUGUUGUGUCUGUUUUUCAUGUUUGGUAUUCUUAGGAGUCAGGUUUGUUUUCCCAUUAUGUCACUUUAGUGAGAGUGUUAUACCUUUAUUUAUAUUUUAUUUAUUGUUUUUAUUUAUGUUACUGAAUUAAUAUUAAUUAAUUGGAUUACCUGUGUGCUGACCUGGACUCUGGACUCAUAUGGAUUGUAGAUUUCUCUACUUUUGCUCAUUGUCUAUAUUAAAGAAAAAAGACAAUCGCCUGCA